AUGAUGGGCGCCGAAGAUAUCCUAGGCACCACUAGAACCCCCGAACGAGCCGACGCCUGUCUAGAAAGCACCGUCAUGCACCUCGCAGAUCCCGACGCCGAAUCCGGACGCAUGUGUUCCACCCUCCUAACCAACAUGUCCCCAAAGCCCGCCAUUCCAAUCCAAAUCAUCCGCGCCAUCGAACUCCCAGGCCCCGUCAAAGUGCACCUCGCCGUGGCCGAACAUCUACUGGGCCCGGAGUUCUGGAAAGUCAACCAACUACCGACAAUGACCCGGUCAUACAAGACCUUCAAGCAUUUAUUCCUCUACGUCCUAUUUGUAGAUCUGUGGUUGGUCAACAAGUUGCCCUGGUGGUUCCGGACCCGUAGCCCUCUGAUCCGUGAAGGGCAGUAUAGGAUGAUUGCGAAAGAGAUUGCACACAAGAGGACGCAGUUCGAGCUGGUGGAGGAGCCAGAGGAUGGGGGGAAGGGGUUUGAUGGACAGGAGAAGGGAGUUCCACCUCAUGAUGCUGUUGGGUACCGGGCUGAGGCUGCUGGUGGUGGAGGAAGUGGGUGUCCCAAGGUGUUGAUGGUUGCGUCUGCGGCGUUGGGUGUUGCUAUGGUCGUUGCCGACCGUCGUUGGAUUGGAUCAGUUGAAUCUGAAGGCUGA